AUGGAGCCAGCGUGUCGAAAGGACAAACAGAAGCAGCAAACACCAACCCGUGGAGACAAAACCAAACAGAAAUCAGCUCAACGAGAGCUCAAACAGAGGCAGAGAGCAGAGAUUUACUCCCUGAACAAAGUAAUGACUGAACUUGAACAGCAGCAGUUUGAGGCCUUCUGUAAGCAGAUGCAAACACAAGGGGAAUGA